UUUCUUUUUUAAAAAUUCCAAUUUCAGCAUUGACCAGCUGCCACACUCUCUUUCAAUCACUUCGAUUUCUUGGCAAGAAGUUCCAUUCCCCUCUCGUCUUUUGCUCUCUCAUUCACGAUCUCCCAUAGAGAGAUUGAGAGAGCGAGGAGACUGAAAAAUGGCUAUUGACAAAGACAUAGAGGAUUGGAUGGGAAGCGAGCAAAAUGGCUCAGUGGAGCUUCUCAUCGAGCAUGGAGAUUUGAAAAGCAGCAAAAGAUCCAUAUGGAUGAUUCUUUUCAGCACAAUCGUUGUCGUCUGUGGCUCAUUUAUAUUUGGAUCCUGUGUUGGCUUUUCUGCGCCAUCUCAGUCUGGAAUCAUGAAUGAUAUGGGCCUUUCCUUGUCUGAGGUUUGUCUAACUCUCUUUCUUGUUCUUGAGUUAUACCUAAUAAGUAAUGUUAAACUAUGAGUGCAAAACUAUGAUCUUUGAUAUAU